AUGGCUUUCCUCGCUUCGUUUGUCCGGUGGCUUGAGCUCAAGAAGUAUCAGCUCGAAGUCACCUUUAGCGUCUACAUCUACACCCCUUUCGAAAAGUUCAUCUUCUGGUCCUUCGUCUUCCUCCUCGCCAGUCUCACCUUCAUCGCAACGAUCCUCUACCUCCCCCACCACAUCAUCUUCCUCAUGAACCGCGCCUGGUUCUACGCCCACGGAGAUAGCGUCGACGUCUUGGAAUUGACAAAGGAUGCCGUUCAUACGCUUGCGCAGGGCGCCUUGAAUGCGGGGACGUCGACGGCUAGUUCUGUUGCCGAGGCUGCGACGGAGAUGAUAAGGGACUUAUGA